AAUAUUUAUGUAAAUAAAUCAGAGUAAAAAUUAUAAAAAAGCUUUAAAUUCCAAAUAAAAAUCUGUUUUUCUAUAAUCAAGUUUGAAGUCCAUCUUCUUGUCACCGGCAACGGAAAGCGAUAAUUCUUAUCGAUAGCCAAACGCAAGAAGGCACCAUCUCCAGCAACAGCUGUUCCAGUUGUGUAACUAAAAAGCGAACUCUUUUUUGCCUACAAAAAUGUCCGCAUCCGCCGCCCGUGGCUCGACGUCGCUACUGAAGCGCGCCUGGAACGAGAUUCCCGACAUUGUCGGCGGAUCGGCUCUGGCACUCGCUGGCAUCGUGAUGGCCACCAUUGGAGUGGCCAACUACUACGCCAAGGAUGGGGACAACCGCCGCUACAAGCUGGGAUAUGUGGUAUUCCGCCACGACGAUCCCCGUGCCCAGAAAGUGCGAGAUGAUGAGGACGACUAGAAGCGGAGUUCCCCCGGAAAGCCAGACGACAGUUUCCCUCUCAGCUUAACUACUUUUUUGUUUAUGCUAUUAGCUAAGUAAAACAAUUAACUCAA